UUUUUGCAAAGUGAAAAUUUUGCCUGUCCCGAUCAUUUUGUCUAUCCCCUGUACCUAACAUCACAAAAAAGAUGUAGACCUCGGCUGAAUGCAUCAAGUAUCGCCUCAGGUCCUCAGCAUAUUCAAAGAGUGCAAAUCGAAAACCAGUAGUGUUACAGUGUGUUUAUCAACGGUUGGACAUAGAAGGAUACUAAAGAUAGCCAAUCAUGAUAACGAAUCGCGACAACCGUCCAAGAUUUUUUCGGGCCAUCCACAAUCCGUAUAGUGAACGAUACAUCCGCAACUCAAAAAAUGAUGCUUCAGUGCAGACAACUGAUCCGAUUAGUUCACCUUUGAUCCGGUACAAGAAACUGACAAAUACAACCAAAGACCAGUACAUCGAGCUGAGAGACUCCAGUGCUAAUGGUUUACCGUAUUCCGCCAAACUUUUGUGGGAAGAUGCCAUUUGGAAGCUACACGGAGAGGAAUGUUUGGUCACCAUCGGAACUGACUACGUUGCUCAGGUAUUCAUCGAGAACAUCCCUGAGCUGAACGACGCAAGUGAUUUUGAAACCUCGAAAGAGUUGCUGUUGGCGCAUCUGAAAACCGUCAAUGUGCUGUUCGAUCAGCUGAUCAAGGAAACAACUGACACUGUUAGGAUAAUUAAAUCUCUGCUACAUGACCUAGCCACCGACUGUGCAACGUAUCCAAAUAGUGUAAAAUGUUUACUGGAAUUUUGGAGAAUCGCUAAUAAGUACAAUUUCUUAAUAUCUGUCAGGUUUUCGGAAGAACUUGACUUGAGUGAAGUCAUACAACAUAACCAACUAAAGACAGCUAUAAAAGAAUACGUUAAAAAACAUCAGAAACUGCAAGAACGAAAUCUAUGCCAAAACGACAAGAAUUGGAUUCAAGGCUUCUCAAAAAAGAACAACUUCUUGGAGGAAUUUUUAAAAUCCGCAAUCAAGAAUCAUACAGUAGCUGUACUAGAAAUAUGCCCAUUACAACUUAAACAAAGUAUAUCGAUAUUGAAACCGCCACGUAGCUUGCUGCUGGGCCGAAAUGAUGUCAAACUGUUCAGUGAUUUAGAAUGUGUCCUAAAUGAAAGUGUUUUCAAAGAGGUGUUGCCAAAAAUUCAAGCGAAAUUCAUUAAACAGGUCAAUAACAUCAAACUCACCGAAUGCUAUCAAUUUCAUCCUCUCGUAAACACUGUUUACUUCCACGUCUGCAAAAGUUUGUUGGAAAUGGCUAAUCUUGUCCAAACAGAAUUCGGUGUCCAAAGAGCGUUGAUGUACGGAAACAAAUGGAUGGUAAUGAAAAUUAACAAUAGAGGAGGUGAGACGUUGUUUACUAAAAGUUACGUAACUCAGCUUCGAAUGCUUGUCAAAAUUUCAAACCAUCUUGAACCAGGAAAACUCACCGUUAGUGAAAAUUUCCCCUAUGAGUUGCAAAUUAAACUCUUCAAGUCUUCAGAAUCCAUUCACAACGAUCUACGUAUAUGGGUCUGUUUAGUAGAUGCAACAUUGGUAGAUAUGUUCCAAGCAAAUAGUGAGCGAAUCGAAGCGUUCUCGGCUGUGCUGGAAAUUUUCUUAAAUUUUGUGUCAUCUAAAGAAUCAAGAAGCGAAUCCCAGGCAUAUGUACGCGUGGUUGCCCACAACACGUUGGAGUUUAUAGCACAGGUCGAACAAGCUGGGCUUGGAAACAACACAGUAGACACGGAGAUGCUUCAAAAACAAAUAGCUCUCAUGGGACCAGAAUUUCUCAGCGACUCCUCGGCAUUCUCUCGGUAUCGAGACAUAUUCUACCGCAAUUCUGCAAAGUGAC